UGCAUCUGCUCACUGUUAGAGUGCGGUGAAAUACGCUUUCAGAUUUGUGUGUUGAAAUACGCUUUCAUAACACGAGCCAGCGGACCAAUUUGAUAAUCGGCACAUCCUGGUGCUUCUCGUUAUUAUAAGUUCUCUGGCUGCAUCUUUUCAAAAGUGUUGUUGCUACCUUUUCUUACUCGCGCAUUUUGCACUUCAAUCCAUUUAUUUAUUUCUAUUUUGUCGUUGAAAGGCAAUAGCCAAGUUAAAUCUGUAGAAACAGUGGCAAUAACAACAUUGUAAAAAAUUGUGGAAAGAUAUUUGUAAAUACGAUUUAAAAAAAUAUCAAAAAUACAUUUAAACUAAAUUUGUUUCUCCUUUGGUAUUGUAUACUUUUGUGAUUAAAAGGAUGCACCUUUAAAUGAACUCGGAUAUUUAUGCGUUGUAUGCCAUAUACUUGGACAAUUAGAUGUUUGAUUAAAUGCAAAGCGUAGCAGAUGUAAAUAAAACCCUUUCGCGAACGGUCAUUUGUGAUAUAUUUAACGGAAUUUUUCGUCAUAUAUCUAAUUUAAAGCUAAAGUGCAAACAAACGAAAAUAAAGCAAAAUGGCUUCUGGAGGCUUAACGUGUGUAAAGUUCAUUACAUUUUUUUGUAAUUUACUUUUUGCUUUAAGUGGCUUGCUUAUUUUGAUUGUUGGCGCCAUGGUGCAGCUGAAUUAUGCACACUAUUCAAAUUUCGUUAGUGAUCACAUCUGGACUGUGCCCAUAAUUUUGAUAAUUGUUGGCGCAAUUAUAGCGUUCAUUUGUUUUCUUGGCUGUUGUGGCGCAUUAAAAGAGAAUAGUUGCAUGAUAUUGUCAUUUGCUAUUUUGGCGGUUAUUAUAUUCUUCUUCGAAAUUGGUUUAGGCGUUGCUGGUUAUUUGAAACAUGCCGCCUUAAGUGAAAUUAUGGAGGGUCAAUUCAAUUCUACAAUGAAAGAAUAUAAUGAACGCAAAGAAAAUCGCGAUGCUUGGUCACUUUUGCAAAGUGAGAUGGACUGUUGCGGCACAUUUGGUCCAAAGGAUUGGGAACCAAUAUUCCACAAUAACUCUUUACCACCAGCAUGUUGUACUAUUAUUAAUUUGAACGAAGCUCAAGACUGUACAGUUGUUCAUGCCCACACGGAAGGUUGUCUCAACAAACUACUUACAUUCCUUGAUUCUAAAACGUUAACAUUGGCUGGUGUGGUACUUGGUGUAGCGGGCAUACAGCUUUUGACCAUUCUAUUCGCUUGCUGUCUAUUUCGUUCGUUUCGACGUAGCUACCGGGCAGUCUAAAACCUGCUAUGUACUGAUUACCAAAUCAAUAUAAAGGAAGCGUUCGCAAUUAAACUCACACACAUACACCCAUACAUAUAAUAUACAUAAUAUGUGGUAGCAGAGAAUUUAUUUUAAUUCUAAUUUCACCAAUGUAUUGUGAUGAAAAGACAUCAUAAAACUUGAACACGUAUGGUGUUAUAGUAGUUAAACACAAGUAUAUAUGUAAAUCACUUAUUAAAUAAAAACGUUAGCAUAUACUUAAAUGCAUACUAUGACAUACAGGGACUGAAAUUUUCUGCUAUGCAGAGGUCGCUUUAGUCCUUUGUGUAUCAGUUGCUAAUAUCAAUUUUAUAAUGCAUUGAAUAUCUAAUGACUAAAAUAGUUGACAUGAACAAUUUAAUAUGAAUUUACACUUUUAAGCACAUAAGUAUACUAAUCAUAUUUAUAAAACAAAAAAAUAAAUAUUUGCAAUCAUUUAACGGCAAUUCACACUUUGUAGUUCAGCACGAACAAACAAAAAAUGAAAUUUUAUACGAAAAUUUAUAGGAAUUUUACACGCAAUGUGACGAAUAAAUUACUUAAGUGGAGUUUUAUGAAAUUAUAUGUAUAUGUACACAUGGAAUUUUAUAUGCAUUUAACUGUACAUUAUUUUAUUCUUUUUUAAAUGUGUUCUCUUAAUAUUUUAUAAAGAACUCAAUAUGAGGCUAUGUGGAAGCAUGUUGCUUGCUCAAGUUUUUUCUUGGUGGCAAUAAAACGUGGAGAAGCUGCCAAACUCAAUCAAACUUUUAAAAUAUACUUUUUUAAAUACUUUUAAAUAUUUUACGAAAUAUAUUAAGUGUUUUUAAAUUUUUUAAAUAUUUUUUUUUUUAAAUCAAAUUAGAGUAUGAAAAUCGUAAGCUGAUAAAAUUUAUAUGUACAAAAUCUUAAUAUGCAAACCAUAUCGAUGUUUUUUUAGUGAAUAUUAGUAUAACUGUUUAAUGUUGUGAUAAAUUUGCUGAAAUAAGUCUAAAUUUGAAAACUUUAGUCAAAUAUGUGGUGAUUUGCAAACCGAAAAAUUGAAAAUUUUACACUCUAUGUAUGUAUGUAUGUUUGUGUACACAUUCCAUGUUAUUUAUACAAACGUGCACAUGCACUUGAGUCGAUGAACCGGCAACAGUUACAUACAUAUAUGUGGUAUGGUAUUCGGUAAUUCUCAAAAUUAAUCAAUGGACUUCUGGUAACUAUGGACAACAAUUUUCAAAACUGAUAUUCAAGGAAAAUUACUUAACAAUGCUUCACCGUUUUCGAUGCGAUAAACACUUUAAAAUAUCUAACUGCGCUUAUUCGUGAUUUUAAAUGGCAUAAAAUACAGUAUGUAGACAUAUUUUAAAUGUAGUACAUAUGUACAUAUUUGUUUAGUUUUCAAUUAGCUUGAUCAAAUACGUUUUUUAACAAACUUGAUAUCAAUUAAAUAUUGUAGCCUUAUAUCAUUUAUACCAAUAUUGUAAGCAUUUAACAACCUUAAAAGCAAACCUCAAUAUAUCCAGUACUGUGUGGACAUGGUGUCUUUUUUCAGCUCAAAGAUAAUUAAAAAAAAAGAGCAUUACAAAUGUGGCAAGAGCUACAUAGUGCUAAAAAUCUUUAAAAAAAAUCGCUCAAUUUAUUUGGUCGGCGCAGUGAUGAGUUAUAUUUUAUUAAUUAAAUGUGCUUAUAACCACUUGAUUUCGCAUAUAAGAAAUAAAUUUGAAAAGUUGAAUACUGAGCUUUACAAACCUCUAUCAAUUAAUCUCAAAUUUUAUUUUAGAAAGUCAUUUAAGGUGUGUUAAAGUGAUUUAAAAAAUACCAGAAAUAUUGUUCACUAAGAAAUAUUUGUAACAGCAGAGAAUAAUAAUAUAUGGAAGCAUUAAAUUCGAUUUAUUCAUAUCUGCUUGUUUUUAUACCUGUCGAAUCGAGCUAAAAUCAAAGAAAUUUGUGCUUUCUUGCUUUCGAAUACCCGACCAAUUUCAAGCAUUGGAAACAAGGCACUAAAAAUGUAAGAACCGUUUUGAAGAUGACGUGGCGCCGACCAUUUGAUCAAAAUUUUCUCCGGCUUGUUUUUUUUAAUAAUCUCUCUAUUUAUGUAUGUCUGAUUUAUAAAUAUUACUUUUAAAUGUUUAUUUAUAAGAGCGUCUGUAUAUAAGAUUAGUAAAUUAGUAGAUUUAGCAAUCUGGUUUUUAAAUAUAUUAAAUUUUCACUUACAAAGUGGGGGAGUCCAAUUUAUUAAAAAAAAAAUAAUUAGUUACUAUUUUUGUGGAGCGUAUCCCUUUGUUCAUUUUACCAUGUAUAACCUGCUUUCUGUUUAUUAUCUUAUCUUUGUUAUACUGAUAUUAACUCAUUAAAUAUAUUGUAUGCUUUUUGCGUAAUUGUUAAGUGUAA